AUGGCUACCUCAUCGCGAAGUAAAAAUCCCUUAUGGAAUUAUUUUAAAGUGAGUGAUGAAGAUGUUGGCAAAGCCAUCUGCAUACUUUGCAAGAAGAUUUUGUCUAGAGGAAGUAAAGACGCACACAACAUGUCAACAACAAAUUUACAAAACCAUCUGAAAAAAGUACAUUAUAAUAUACAUAGCAUGAUUCUUUCUCAGAAGAAAAUUAUUAACCACGAAUCUUUACCAAAUCCAAAUGAAAAGUCUAUAAAACAAUUUUGCACUACUCGAACAAUAUGCUCAGAUAGAACAAGCUCUGCUGAAUCAGUGCAAAUCAUUACCAGCACUGCCACAGAUGAAACGCAGGGAAGCUCGCGUGUGUCUAAUUACACAAUUGCCUUUUUUCAAAAAGCAUCGACACAGGUCUCACUGCGUGAGAUUUUGCAAAGAAAAGAAUUGUGGCGACUUGAUAAUCCUAAGGCUCAAGCUAUUACCAAGCUUAUUGGAGAAAUGAUAUGUUUAGACUUGCAGCCAUACUGUAUUGUUGAAGAUAAAGGUUUUACCCGACUUUUAAAGAAUUUAGCUCCAAACUAUACAAUACCUAGUCGAAAGUAUUUCUCCACAAAAGUCAUUCCACUGAUGUAUGAAACCAUAAAAGCCAAAGUAAAAUAUGAGCUUGAUCAAGCAGAUUUCUUAAGUUUAACUAGUGAUGGUUGGACCUGUCAGCACACAAUUCAAUCGUAUUACAGUUUAACAGCUAGAUUUGUAACGCAUGAGUUUACAGUUAAACAUAUCAUCUUACAAGUUACACACUUCCCUGAGUCGCACACAGGGCACAAUAUAAGUAAAUUCAUAAAUGAAGCGCUACAAUCAUGGGAAAUUCCCCAUGAAAAAAUUCAUGCAGUUUUAACUGAUAAUGCAGCCAAUGUAAUGGCUGUCAUUAAAGAGUCAAAUUUAGGCGAUAAACAUCUUCCAUGUCUGAUACAUACUUUACAACUUUGUAUUCAGAAAAAGAUUUUUAGAGAACAAAGAACAGCAAGUGAUACAAUAGCUGUUUUUCGAGCAUUAGCAGGACAUUUCCACCACUCAUCUAGUGCUGUGGCUAAACUAAAGGAAAUUCAAAGUCAACUAAAAUUGCCAGAGCAUAACAUAAUUCAAGAUGUUUCCACAAGAUGGAAUUCGACAUACUAUAUGCUUGAAAGGUUCAUUGAGCAGAAAAAAGCUAUUACAUUGUAUUGCAUUACCAGAAAUCAAGCAAAUGCAAAAAAUCCUACGGAAAAUCAAUGGCAACUUGCUGAAAUGCUUGUAUGCAUAUUAAAACACUUCGAAAGUACUACAAAAGACAUGAGUAAAGAAACGGUAUGUAUAUCAGAGAUUAUACCGUUUAUCUAUGCAAUGGAAAAGUUUCUAGACUACGCUUGUGACACGGCAACUGAAAUAAAAACUGUUGUUGAUGAACUUAAGAAAGAUUUUAACUGUCGUUUUCAAAAAUACAAGGAUAAUGUUGAUUUAAAAAUCGCGAUGAUGCUUGAUCCUCGUUUCAAGUUAAAGUUUGUUGAAGACAAGAAUCAUAAUAUGUUUAAAGAAAUACUCCAUUUAGAGUUCUACCGUUUUUGUUCCAAAUCUCAUUUAGAACAAGUAAAAGAAAUUGAAUUUGGUGUAGCAAGAGAUAGUGGAUCAGACUCAGAAGAAUCAUUAAGUUCAUUUUCAGAAUCUAAAAUUCAUGAGUCCGACUCAGAUUUUGAUGGCCAUGGCUCUCCAUUAAAAAAAAAAAACUAAUGAGCAUGGACAUAUAUAGCUUGUUCCACCAAAUCGGUGCAAAUGAGUAUGCUCUACAAAAUUCAGAAAAUUCUGACGGACGGAGAAAAAAGAAAAAAAACACUAGUUCAAUGGGAAAAACUCUAACUGUCAAAGAAAAAUGCACCGAUGAAGUCAACUUCUACUUGAGCCUUCCAAUUCUGCCAAAGAAUGAAUGCCCUUAUAAGUGGUGGAGUGCAUACCGUUACACUUCCUCUGAUAAAGAUACUUACAAGUUGAAUUUGUCAAAGUUUUCAAAGAAAGUUUUGUGCGCGCCUCCUUCAUCUGUAAAAAGUGAACGCUUAUUUAGCACAUCUGGAAACAUAUUUGAAGCAAAAAGAAACAGACUAUUACCCGAACAUGGAGAACAGAUUACAUUUUUAAAUUGUAAUA